AUGCUCUCGCAUGGGAGCAGGGACGAGCAGAGAAGGCUUACCUCUGUCGAUGCGGAUGAUACAUAUAGCCCAACUCUGCAGCCCGCUUCCUCCUCAUCCUCUUCAGCACCUCCCUUUAUCGAGCAAGGUCCCCGUCCUCCCCCUUCUUCCGCACCAGCACAACUGGCAUCACCACUCUCUUCCCUCAAGGUCUCCGACUCCAUGUCCAAGCGUACACGAGCUGACUCUCUUCCACAUGGCCCCCGUAUCCCUCGAUCGGGUUACAUUGCAACUUCGUCCUCCUCGUCAUCCAACGACCUCCCAAUUCCACCCCUCGUAGACAGCGAUGACGACGACACCGAAGAAUCCGCCUCGCGCAGACGCCAGAAGAUCAUAGCUCGCAUCUCCGCUCAAACCUCCGUCGACCCUUCCGAUCAACUCCGCUCCGAUCAGCUCGCCACCGUACCCCGCUCUUACCAACUCGAGCUCGCUGAGUUAGCAAAAGCGGGAAACGUUCUGGUCUGUCUAGAUACAGGAAGCGGAAAGACCCUCAUCUCUGUUCUGCUUUUGCAGUAUGUUCACCAACACUCUUCUCCUCCUCCUACUCCAUCUCUGGCUCCGUCUUCGGGGGCUCAACCUUUCUCCUCACCCGCUCCGCAGCGCAAAGUCGCCUUCUUCCUCGUAAACCUAGUCCCUCUAGUUCACCAACAAUCAUCCGUCAUCGCCGGUAACUCCCGCCUCUCGGUCGGUAAGCUCUAUGGCGAACUCAAAGAUUCUCUCCGCAGCAAAUCCUCCCAACUUGCUGUCGACGAUUGGCGUUCUCCGCAAUGGUCCGCCCUGCUCGCAUCGCACCAAGUGAUCGUUUCAACCGCACAAUGCUUCCUCGAUGCUUUAAUUCACGGUUUUAUCAAGAUGUCCGAUCUCAACCUUCUCAUUUUCGAUGAAGUUCAUCAUGCCCUCAAAAACCACCCCUUCUUCCGCAUCAUGAAGUAUUAUAGGCUGGCCAAGGAGGAAGAGCGGCCAAAGAUCUUUGGCAUGACGGCUAGUCCCAUUUUUACGGGGUCAGGGAGAUUUGAUGAAGCGAGCCAGUAUUUGCAACGGGCGAUGGAUGCUAGGAUUCACACUGUCAGUAGGGGAGCGUUGAGGGAAUUGGAGGAGGUGAAGAGGCGACCAGAGGAAAUGGUGGUUGAGUUUGAGCCCUAUCUUACUGUGGUUGAUGAACCGUGGAAUGCAGAUGCGGUCAAGUAUUCGGAGCUGAGUAUGGAGAUGAUUGAGUUGUUCAGCAAGAAGGUCGAUCUCGAAAUUUGCCUAGACGAUGAGGAGGAGGAGGUGGAUCCGCUGACAGAGGCAUUCGAGAAAGAAGUGAGACCAAAGCUAGAGUAUACGAUGCGACAUCUCGGUCCUAUAGGAUGCGACUUUUUCUGGCAUAGCACUCUUCUCGAGUAUCGAUCCCGUGCGAGGAAGUGGGCCAAUAUCGAUCGUAAUCAGAGGACGCUUGUUAGUGAUGAAUGGAUAGUCGAAGCUGCUUCCACCCAUCGCUCUUCCAGUGUAGCUCCCUCUGACAGUCAAGGCCCGCCGAACUCCCAAACCACCACCACCACCAUCACCACCACCACUCAACCUGGCUUCGGACUGGGCCUAACAGUAGCCCAUCUCUCCACCAACUCCGACCUAAAUUCUCGUAUCCUCCUCCAUAUGCGAUCCCAACCUUGCAUCCCUGACACACUCGGCCUCAACGCCACCAAUUCCUCCCCGAAACUUCUCCGCCUAAUCGAGCUACUCCACUGCUUUGAACCCAGCAAGUCCUCCUUUUGCGGUAUCAUCUUCGUCGAGCGCCGUCAAACAGCCACACUUCUUGUCGAGCUCGUCAAGCGCAUCCCCGGUCUCGAAUUCAUCCAUCCCGAGUUCUUGCUAGGACACGACAAUGGCGCUGCAAACGGUGGUGCUCCGGGCAUGGACUGGCAUGAUCAAGUUCAAGUGCUGAACAGGUUUAGGAGGAGGAAACCGACGAAUUUACUCAUAGCGACAUCUAUCGCCGAAGAAGGGUUGGAUAUUCAGGCUGCCAACCUCGUCAUCCGGUUUGAUCUGUUUAAUCGGCAUAUUUCCUUCCUGCAGUCGAGAGGGAGGGCGAGAGCGAAGGAGAGUAGGUUCAUUUUGAUGGCUGAGAAAGGGAAUCAGGAGCACGCCGGGACCAUUCUGAAUGCGUUUAAAACCGAGGCUAAUAGAGCAAAGUGGUUGGAUGGAAUUGCUGAACCGCAUCUCGCUAUGCCGGAUUGGGGUGAGGAUUGGCAGCAAAAACUUCGCAUCGACACCGAUAGCCAGGAGGGAGUUGGGGUGGAGGGGGGAGAGGAGGAAAAGUGUAUGUUCGAACCAACCACAGGCGCACGUUUGUUCCCGGAAGACGCACCCACGCUUGUCUCUCACUAUGCUGCCAGCCUGCAUUCCGAGUAUCUUAAGGAUGCGGUUCUUGCUUACCGCAUCGAAAAAGUAGAUGGUCUUCCGAGUUACAAAGCUGUACUCGAGCUACCCUCUACCGCGGCGGUAAGGAGUGUAGAGUCUGAUGGGUGUAGGAGCAAGAAAGCGGCUAAACGAAUGGCUGCUUUCCGCGCAUGCCAACAACUCCGAGCUUUGGGAGAACUGGAUGAAUGGUUGAUGCCCAAGCUCGUUCCUCGACUCAAAAAGGCUAAGGAUGGUGUAGUGGGAUUGGUUAACGCUCAUCAUCAGGCUUGGCGGGGAAGCGGAAAACCGAUCAAUGUGCCGAGUAAGAAGCUGGACGGUUGGGCGCGCUUCGCCUCCUCCCACCACCACGCUAUGGGACAGGGGUGGUGCGCAACGUUAUUGCAACUGGAUAAAUUCGACGAGGGAUAUGAGCCACUAUUGCUGCUAACCCGCGGUCCUUUACCCGAGACGAAGCUCUUGAAGCUGCUCCAUGCGGGUUCGGGCCAGAUGAAGGAUCUGCAUCCCAAACCUCUCCGGAUUGCUCCCGAGCUUGAUUCGGAGCUCAUAGGAAAGGUGGUAGAGUUCACGAAAUUCGUCUUCAAGCUUAUCAGCCGGAAAGAUGGGCAUUCGCCAAAAGGGAAGAGGUUGAGUUGGCAGACGAUUGAGAAGGGGCAGCCGACGGUACUCGUUCUUCCCGUUCGCAUUGCUGCUGAGGAGGUGCAAAGUGUGGGUGAUGUAGCAUUGGAUUUUCCCCCAUCGCUGGAUCUCACUCAACUAGAUCUGAACGCGGAGGGAUCGGAGCAGAAGCUGAAGGGUAGAACUCUGGUUAAGCAGCACGGCUAUCACUCGCACUCGCUUUACCAGUUUGAGAGCAUUCGAUCGGAUCUCUGCCCCAACUCGCCACUCUCGUCUGGUGCAGCGGGGGAAACAUAUCUAACCCAGCAUAUGAAGAUGUACGCUCGUCACCAAGCAUCGGCCGACGAGCACGAGGUGGAAGUGCUAGCUGCUCAACUCGCGAAUCAACCCUUGCUGAGUGUUCGGAAGUUGCCCAAGAUCAGCAAUCUUCUCUCUCCUCCCCCCUCGAUUUCUUUCUCCGCCACUCCUGCUACGACGCAGGGCGCAAGGUUGAUCGUGCCGUACUUUUACGCACUUCAUCCGCUCCCUUCCACUCUUCUCCGCUCGAUCCUUCUCCUACCCUCCAUCUUUACUCGGUAUGACCAACUUCUUUUGGCUCAAGCGUGCAAUAAUGAUCUCCUCGAGGGGAGAUUGGACAACGAUAAAGUCCUCGAAGCCCUCACCUCCCCCUCCGCCGGCUCUGCGUUCGAUUAUGAACGACUAGAGUUUCUCGGAGACACCUUCCUAAAACUCAUCGCUACAUGUCACACCUUCACAACCCACCUCGGUCGAACAGAGGCAGAGCUACACAUGGCUAACAAAGGCAUUGUUACCAAUGUUCGCCUUCUGAAAGAAGCAAAGCGAUUAGGGUUGGAAAAGUAUGCUAUUCUACCCAGCUGUAAUCUCUUGCCGCGUCGGUUUACUGCUCCUGUUAUCUGCAAUGUAGGAGGUGCACUCACAAACGAUCCAUCCAUGGAUCACGACGGGCAGGUGGAUGUAGUGAAAGAAAAAACUCUAAGCGAUAUAGUAGAAUCUCUCAUCGGCGCUGCUCUCCUCUCCCCUUCCUCCUCCUCCCCUUCCUCCUCCUCCCCUUUUUCCUCCUCCCCUUCCUCUCCUUCCUCCACGUCUACUGCGCUUUUCGUAUGUCGAAUUUUGCACCUGAUCCCAUCUACCAUCUCAAGGUUGUGCGAUUUCAACAAGCUCUUGGAAGAAAUCAAACACGAAUCGGUAGAAAGAAACUGGUCUUCCCGACUCAACCCUCCGUCUCUAAGGCACCUACAAUCGCUCUUCUCCCAUACAUACCGAUACCCGCAUCUGGCACUAGAAUCUUUCACCCACCCCUCUUUGCUCGCUUCCAUCCUGCCCUCCUACCAGCGGUUGGAAUUUCUGGGAGAUGCUUGGAUAGACUUUUUUAUUGUCUCCCGAAUCUACACCGAAGGUGGGGGUUUGGUGGUGUUGGAUCCUGGAGAAAUGACGGCACUCAAAGGCGUACUAGCCAGCAAUGCCGCGCUGAGUGCGUUGGGGGUUAAGUUGGGACUGCAUAAGUUUAUUGCUAGUAACAGUGCGGUUCUUGUGGAGAGCAUUGCAAAAUACGGCAAGGGGUUGGAGAAGGUGUUGCGAAAAGGUGGGGGUGAAGGACAGUAUUGGACAAAAGCAGGGAUGGUGCAGGUGCCUAAGGCGGUUGCGGAUGUAGUAGAGGCUAGUUUUGCGAGUAUAGUUGUGGAUAGUGGGUUUGAUCAAGAUACUGCCCAGCGGGUUUUUGGGAGGAUUUUUACGCCGUUUUAUGACGAGCAUUGCAAAUGGGAGGAUUUGAGGGUGGGCGAGGUGAAGAGGGUCAUAGAGUACCUUUCCAGCUGUUUCAAGAGGCGAGGGGGGGGAGGAGGGGUGAUGUUGGAGGUGAGCACGAACUUGGUUGAUUUGCCUGCGAUCGCAAGCGAUGUCGGGGACAAGGAUGGGGAGGAGGCUAUCAUGUGCGCUCUUCUUACGCCGGUCAACGUCGAGUUCAAGGUGCGCGGGACCACGAUUGCCAAGAUUAAAGGCGUGCUGGCUAAGACUCCCUUACAUCUGACCCGAGCUGUGGGUAUUGCGAGGGAGCUGCACGAACUUGAACCUCAAAUGGCGAAGCUUUCGAAGCUCAGACCUCUUUCCAUGGACGACAGCCCUGUUCUGGCGUUGAAUUCGAGUGACGAUGAGGAGGAGGAGGAGGAGAUGCAAACUGAUCAAUCAUCCAAUCUGGAGCAACCGGACGAAGAGAUGCCGCAAGCCAACACCGCCAUUUCGAACCAUCAAGACGAUCAAGCUGCACCAACGGAGGCAUCGAAACCGCAAACAAACGAGAAUUGGGAAGACCUGAUCGACCACCAAGAGCAUCUCCUUCUUCAGCUAGCUAGGACCUUGGGUUGGAAGUCAACCAUUCAAACCCCCCUUACUUCUCCCGCCACUGCUGAGGAAAAGGAAGAGGUAGUGAUGACUCUGGCUAAGAUUCGAGAUCUCAUCUUGCCUCCCCUCCUCUUCUGA